AUGGCUUCUAAUUCUGGGAAAGAGACUGAAGGCAAUGCUGGUUGUAAUAGAAACAAUACAAUCAAAAGUCUGAAAUCGUAUGGUACUGUUGACACUACCUAUAACAAAAAUAUAGAAACCCCGCUGGAGCUAUUGCCCACGAACAAUAGUUUAAUCGAUUUAUCUAAGGAUUCAGAAUUGAAGGAUAAGAACAGCGAUAAUAACAACGACAGAAACAAUGUAAAUGAAAUUGAUAAUGAUGAUACUUCUGAUGUUGAUCUAGAGAAAUGUACGAAAGAAGCCGGUGAUAUAGAUAUUGAAUAUUCAUUUUUCACUAAAACGCAGAGAAUGGUAAUGUUCUUCAUUGUGAUCUAUGUUGGAUUUCUAGGGCCAAUGUCUGGAAAUAUAUACAUCCCAGCUUUACCAACAUUACAGAAGGCUUUCCAUACAAACACAACUGUGAUAAAUGCUACUGUAUCGGCAUUCAUGGGUGUCUUCGCGGUUGGUCCCAUAUUUUGGGGCGUAUAUGCAGAUGUUUGUGGAAGAAAAUGGCUGUAUCUUUGUUCUUUGAUUUUGGUUACCGUAAUAAAUCUUUUGUUAGCAGUGUUACCAGCAAACUUGGCUUCAUUGUUUGUACUAAGAGUAUUUCAAGCAUUCGGUUCAAGUUCAGUUAUAACACUUGGUUCUGGAACAGUGACUGAUAUAACACCGAUGAAACAUAGAGGUAAAGCAAUUGCUUACUUCAUGUUGGGACCUAAUAUGGGUCCUAUAUUGGGACCUAUCAUUGCAGGUUUAAUAUUGAUUAAUGGUGAUUAUUGGAGAUGGUUAUUCGGUUUUACAUGUAUUAUGUCAGCAAUAGGUUUUCUAUUAGUUUUAAUAUUUUUACCAGAAACUCUCAGAUGCAUUGUAGGAAAUGGUGACCCAAGAUGGAGGAAUUCAAAAGAGAUAUCACAACAAACUAAAAGUGGAACAAGAGCUGACUCGCUAGUUGAAUCUGAAAAACAACCAGAGACGGUGGUAACAAAUUCGAACGUAGAAUCAAAGUCAACAACUCUUUCAUCAUUAAAUUUGAAUCCGAAAAAAAUGACGAAUAGUUCAGAACAGGUAUUUGGCACUGGAGAUGAUAAAGAAGAUAAUAAUAAACCAAUAUCUGAGGAAAUGAGUGCCUGUGUUGCUGGAGAAAAAGAUUUGGAAGCGCAGGGACAUGCUGUAAAGUUAGGUGAUAAUUACCAUAAAUGGCAACUAUUUGCAAACAUCGGAAUUCAAAAACCGGUUUGUGACGAUGAAAUUUUCAAAGCAUUGUAUCCAAGACCUACAAAACCAACUUUGGUUGCUUACUAUAAUAUAUUCAAAAGCCCUCCUGUUUUCAUUUCAUCAAUUGGUACAGCUCUUUUGUUUGCCAAUUAUUAUGCAUUUAGUGUGACAUUUGCCAAAUUUUUAACAGAUUAUUAUCACUUUUCUAGAUUGGGAUCGGGGUUGGCUUUUAUUUGCCCAGGUGUUGCAAUGAUAUUUGGUUCUCAAAUUGGUGGACAUUUAUCAGAUUACUUACGUAAUCGUUGGCUGCUAAAAAAUUCCACAGAUUGUAAGUAUCCUAUAGAAAAAAGAUUACAAUUACAAAUAAUUGCCAUUGUAGUUAACUCAUUGGGUAUUAUUGGAUAUGGGUGGUCAAUUGAGAAAAGGUUAGAUAUUGUCUUAGUUUUCUUCUUCGCUGCAUGCAUCUCAUUUAGUCUCACCUGGUGCAGUAAUACAACUAUGACCUAUCUUACAGAAUUGCUUGCAAGAAGAACAUCGGCAGCUAUAUCAAUAAGUAGUUUCUUUAGAAACACAGCAGCAGCAAUCAGUUCAGUUAUAAUUGUCAUAUUAUGUGAUAAGAUGGGGAUUGGUUGGUGUUUUACAGGGCUAGGGUUAUUAAAUAUCGUACCAUUCUUAGGUGUCUUAUAUUUACUCCAAUAUGGAUAUAAAUUUAGAGAAAUUGAAGUGUGA